CUCCGCGCUGACGUUGGACAACAAAGAUGGCGGCGGGGAGCAGCAACUACUGGGAAGAUCUCAGGAAGCAGGCGAGGCAGCUGGAGAACGAGCUGGACCUGAAGCUGGUCUCCUUCAGCAAGCUCUGCACCAGCUACAGCAGCACCCGAGACGGAAGACGCGACAGGUAUAGCUCUGACACAACUCCUCUAUUAAAUGGAUCAAACCAGGACAGAAUGUUUGAGACCAUGGCUGUGGAGAUUGAGCAACUUCUGGGAAAGCUGACUGGGAUAAAUGACAAGAUGGCAGAGUACACCAACAGUGCGGGCGUGCCGUCACUGAAUGCAGCGCUGAUGCACACACUGCAGCGCCACAGGGACAUCCUGCAGGAUUACACGCACGAAUUCCACAAAACUAAAGCAAACUUCUUGGCAAUACGAGAAAGGGAGAAUCUGUUGGGAUCAGUACGGAAAGAUAUUGAGUCGUAUAAAAGUGGGUCUGGUGUGAACAACAGAAGAACAGAGCUGUUCCUGAAGGAGCACGAACACCUUCGGAACUCAGAUCGACUGAUAGAAGAAACAAUAAGCAUUGCCAUGGCAACAAAAGAAAAUAUGACUUCGCAGAGAGGGAUGUUGAAGUCAAUACAAAGCAAGAUGAAUACCUUGGCAAACCGUUUUCCAGCAGUGAACAGCCUGAUCCAAAGGAUCAACCUCCGGAAGCGACGGGAUUCCCUCAUUUUGGGCGGCGUGAUCGGCAUCUGCACCAUCCUGCUGCUCUUGUAUGCUUUCCAUUGAUGGAUGUUUCACCCCCUGGACUCUGCUAAAACUCAUCACCACCUUCCCUCCUCCCAGCCAAGGAAAAGUGAGUGGGGGAAGCGUCAGACUUCCACAGCCUGCUUGUGGCUGGGGCUGUCAGCAUGAUGUCUGGAGCUUCUGAUGGUAGACUGUGACACUGGGCUUGGGCUGAAGCUGCAGUGUUUCUCCUCCCCUGCUGUUCACCUUCCUUUGGGUUAAAUUUGGUGGGAUUUGUUUGUCUUUAAUUCCCUUUCUCACUGCAAAGUAAGUGCCCAUGGGAUGCUUAACCGGAACUGGGGGAACAGUUCAGUGCUCAGCAGUGCUGGGGAGGUUUGGUGCUGGCUGGGGAGUGGGAAGGGAUUAAAUUUGCCUUGGGUGGAAGCUCAGCAGGAAGACUUUUCCUUCUAAUCCCAGCCCAGUACUGAAUUUCACCCUGAGAGAUGAAUAUUGCAGCUUUAAGGCUUCAGGUUGCUUCAUUACUAAAUACAUGUUCUGUCAUUCUUUUUAACUCCUUUUAACUUGAAAUUCUAGUUAUUUCUGCAUAAUUUGUGCUGUGAAAACUGUGCUUCACACAAAUUUUUCAAAGUUAACAAUAAAAAUAAAGGGGGGUUUCUGUUCACUUUUUGCACAGAAUACAAAUAAAGUACCCUCUGAGGGAGAUCAUAAGAUUUCUUGUGGCUUUAAAGGGACUGACCAAGUCUCCCUGUGUAAAAAGGGAACACAGUAUCCCAGCAGCUGUUUACUCAAGUGUUCAGUCAUCUGAAAAGUGACCAAACAUGAGUUCACCUGAAGUAAUCUUUUGGGUGCCAAUACUUUGAUUUUGGCUGGCAUCAUAAAGAUCUUUAUAAAGACACAAUAAGCUGUUUACAAAGCCUAUACUGUAAUUUAGAUGAAGUUCCUCUGAUAGUGUAGUAAGAAGGAUAUUAUCUAAAUGGUUGAUUGGGAAUGAAAAUGAUGGUUAUAGCUGAGGCAGAGGUGUCUGUGAGCAAAGGUUUUGGACAUAACUCCUCCUAGCAAAGAGCUGAAUGUAUGAAUGAAACAAGUGGUUUUUUUACCAUUACCUGGGGGGUAAAACACUUUCUUUUUGGUCUGGACAGGCAAAAAGAAUCCUGUUGUUUGUCUGUAAACAAAGCUGACAUCUGCAGUGGCUUUGAUACUUCAGCUUCCCAGAUUACAGAUUUUUCUGCUCUUUCAACAGCACUUUUCCAUCUGUCAUAUCAUAACCCAAUAAAUUCAAGCCUUGGCACUGAAAUACCUUUCUAAGAACUUGAUUAACUCUCUUCACAAUCCACUUACAGUGCUCCUAGCAGAUUCUGUGUAUUCCGUCACCCACAAAUAUCACAGUCCCCAGGUUCUCCUCUGGAGCAGAGUCCAGUGGGACACACACAAUUUUUUACUCUGUUUUAUAGUGUUUUAUAGUCCUCUGUGAAUUGGAGGGAAUAGAGACUUGUGUAGUGUGCAAACCCACACUGUUACACCCAAAAUGUCUGGAUUUAAAGGCUUCUUUGAAGACUUAAUAACCCUGUACUAAAAAAGUCAACAAGGGCUUCUAAUCAGCCAUCCUGCCUUUGGGAUUUGGAAGCAUUUGGAAUUAAUACGUGUAAAACUGUGGGGCUUGUAUUUGAAAUAAAGGGUGAUUAUUUGCUUGA